AUGGAAGAUGAAGCCAAGUCAAUAGAAGGAAUAUACGACCAAAAGAUUAAGUGUUUGUGCAGUUUCCCAUUCAACGUUUGUUCUGCCUACCGUCUCAGAAACAGAGCUGAAGCAGCACUUGCCACAAUCAGAGAGCUCAAACAAAGUGUAGAGUUCACUAAGCUCGCAGAUAACCUGAAUCUUACCCGCUCCAUCAAGAUGCCAACCACCAAAACUAUCGGCAUGGACAAGGUCUUCGAGGAGCUUCUACGCCAUGCCAAAGAUGAUAGUUUGAGUGUGAUUGGCAUCCACGGAAUGGGUGGUGUGGGCAAGACAGCACUCUUGAGAAGAUUCAACAAUGAUUUCCCGAGUGAAACAGAGGCAGACGUGGAGCCCCUAAAUUAUCAGGUUGUUGGAAUUCCACUUCCUGCGCCUCCAUCGAAGUGCAAGAUCAUAUUCACAACCCGAACAGAAGACACUUGCAGCCACAUGGGCACAGAAAAGAUGAUUAAAAUGGAAUGCUUAGAACAGGAGGAAGCCUGGAAUCUCUUCAGAAAUAGUGCAAGGAUGGAUGUCAUUGACGCCGACAAGAAUAUACGGAUCAAGGCUAGAGAUUUAGUCAAGGAAUGUGGCGGCUUGCCUGCAGCUCUCAUUGUGCUGGCACAAGCAAUGGCGCCUAAAAAGACGUGGGAAGAGUGGAUGCACGCCUUGACCAUCAUGAAGGACGCACCACACCAACUUCCUGGUAUGACAAAUAAUGUUUUUUCUAUCCUGAAACUAAGCUAUGAUCGUCUAUCCAGUGACAACUUGCGAGUUUGCGCCUCUUAUGGUGCAUUAUUCAAAAAAGGAUCUUGGAUGGGCAAAUAUAAUAUUAGGAAUUUAUGGAUAGGUGAAGGGAUUAUUGAUAAUGCCGAGAAUAUAUGGGAUUGUACCAGGAAGACACAAUUUCUGCUUGGCAUACUACAUGCAACAUCUUUAACAGAAAGAGUUCAUGAUGACUACUUCACGAUCCAUCCCAUGACCCGAGCCAUGAUAUUGUGGGUGCAACGUGAGUGCGGGAAGAAGGAGAACAAAUGGUUGGUGCGGGAUAGGGAGCGGAUCGAAGAAGCACCGACAGCUGAGAAAUGGCAAGAUGCAGAGAGAAUUGCACUUGACUGGAACCAAAUAAGUGACCUUCCAGAAGCACCUCAAUGUCCUAACUUGAUUUUUCUGAAUCUUCACGUUAACAAAUUUCUCAGGAAGAUUCCAAAUGGCUUCUUCUUGCACAUGCCUCACCUCAAAAUCCUUGAUUUGCAAAAUACUUCUAUAAGGGAGCUCCCGGUAAGCAUUGGUAAUCUGGUGCAACUACACUUUCUCGAUCUAUCCGAAACUAGGAUUACUUCUCUGCCAAAGGAGAUGGCAGCAUUAGUAAAUCUCAAAUAUUUGUCAUUGGAAUCCAUGAAAUAUUUGAGAACUAUUCCUGACCGACUAAUCUCCGGUCUUCGAGAAUUGCAGUGGCUUGACAUGGCGGACAGCUACAGUGGGUGGAGGGAAGGACAGACUUGGGAAGGAGGUGUUAGUUUCGAAGAGCUGGAAAGCUUGAAGAGAUUAAAAGUCAUUGGGAUCACAGUCAGCACGCUUGCUGCUCUUCAAAACCUCUGUGACUCUCUAAGACUGGCAGCAUUCACACAUUGGCUCCAUAUAGAAGGGUGUCAAGAUUUGACGAUGUUCAACAUCCCAUCCACCGAUUUUCAUGCGGAAACUAUGCUCAGACUAAUUCGUAUCCAGCUUCACGCAAUGAGUGAGCUAGAAGAGGUAGUAAUUGGCAAUCGUCAGCCUAUUCUUCUACCUCUACAUGAGCUUCGACUUUCGAGUCUCCCAAAAGCAAAGCUCGUUUGGAGGCCUACGUUCCCUAAUACUCUUCGUCAACUAAAAAUUGAGGGUUGCGGUGCAAUAGAUAGAUUGAUCAAAUUGGAGGGAGAGGCAAAUGGUAGUGGGGAGACAGUUAUAACAAUCUUUCCUGAUCUCCACACAAUGGUGCUACGGCGGCUUCCAGAAUUGAAGAGUUUGAGUGAUGGGGAACGAAUAUUAAAUUUCCCAUCGUUGAAGACUAUCAAGGUGGAAGAUUGCCCCAAACUGACGAAGCUGAUGUUGGUUGCUGAUGGGCUGAAAGAGAUCGAGUGUGAGAGAUCAUGGUGGGAGCAGCUCAAUUGGGGCGACGAACGAACCAAGUCCUUCCAACACCUCUACAAACCCAUGUAUAUAGAUUGA